AUGUCCAAACAACUCCCACCAUAUACUACGCUUCUCCAGCCCGAGCCCGAAACACCGCAGUAUACUCUCCCAGAGACCUUCAACAUCGGACGAUGCAGCACCCAGCACCUCGUCCGCCCAGAUCAGCUUAAGGCCCAUCUUCAGUUGCUGGCAGCGUUCAGCCACCUUAAGCAGCGGGUAGUUGCCAAUGAGAGCCUUGCUGCGGGAUUAGAGUCGGACAGCGAGAAACGUUGGGUAUGGUUUGUUAAUUUGGCUGUUGAACGGUUCGAGAGGUGGUGUUUGAUGAUCGAGCAAUCUGAUACAGUGGAGCAACGUUUGCCUCCCAUCGAUGUCACCAUGGUGUGGCAUGCCUAUCUCCUGAAUCCGAGGCAAGCAUGUCUUGACUGGUAUGCGGAAGACACCGCGCGGAUCUUUAAGCUGAAACCUCUCGCUCAUUUCACCAACUACUUUCCUAACCUUCUCGAUAACCCUGAUAUAUUAACCACUGACGCACCACAGUAUGAACGCGUUUCUGCUUGGGAACACAUUACGAAAUCACCGUAUGACCCAUUCGAAUCUGCUGCGGUUCUCACACACAAAUCUAUUGAGUGCCCUUACUGUUACCGCACUGUCCUUUCGCCAUUCUUGCAGCCUAACGGCAAGGGAUACGCCCAGAGUGACUUUCACAUCGAAUGUGAAUGUGCUCAGCCGAUCACUAAAGAAGUUCUCGGCCUUUACAAGUUUGCGAAAAACAUCGUCGAAACAACAGUACCUGAUACAUAUUUAGCUGGAACUCUUCAUACACCCCACAGCACCUACGACAUCGCGCGCGGAGACACGAUCAAGGAGCGUGUCCUCGACUCAAAUAUCAUUUUCCAGCAGAACGAGGCAAGUGAUCGCGCGCGCCAGAUCUUGAUAAACGUCCAGUAUGACGCUAUGCGCAUGCGUACCGUGCUGAACAAGUAUUUGAAGCCAAGAUUGUUGAAUAGGAUGAUGGGUGCCUACACGGACGACAGGGUGUUUUCACUCGAUUUGGUCGGUGCUGUCCUCCGGCAAGGCUCGUUUGUGAAGAAGAUGGUCAACUUCGGAUGGACCGAGGCAGGAUAUUUCGCCAACGAGGUGGACGCAGUAGCACUGCAACAUUGCGUAGCUCGGUAUCACGCCUUUUUGAACAUGAUGGCAGAGUCUCCUGGCUCGUUCUUCGUGCCCACGCUCGACAUCGAUCUCGGGUGGCAUACUCAUCAACUUAUGGCGAGUCAGUAUCAAAAGGACUGCCUCUCUUUCGUAGGACGAUAUGUCGAUCAUGAUGAUAAGGUGGAAGAAGGUCACCUCGCGACCUCCUUCGACCUCACCUGUCGUGCUUGGAAUGAGCGUUAUCAUGUACCCUACAUGUACUGCGGGUGUCCACUACCUGGAGAUACAAUCGGCCAAAAGCUCCGAUGCCUCCUUUUCUCUCAAGCCGCCAGCAACGUGCCUUCAGUCCCUCCCAAAACUGACGCACGUGCUGCCACGCACCCAAACGAUCACAACGUUGUGUUUACCUUGCACAACAUGUCCGCAAACCUGCGUCGCCGGGAGAACCGUGCAUGCAAAACAGGGGUGCGGAGGCUGCGGGCAGAACGAAACGGGAGGGCUGUGAAGAAGGAUGGGAAUGUUGAUCAUGCCAUUGCAUGUUUAUAUCCUGUGCCGAUGUUUCGUUACUACCUCGGUGGCUCCGUUACUGCUACUGGGGCGAUAGUGAAUGGAGGUUUGAGGUCUGUAGCGGUGAGUGGGGCAGAUGGCUGUUCGAUUGGUGCCCCACCGUGUAGCUGGUCUGAUGCUGGUGGGACGGGAUGUGGAGGUGGCUGUGGAGGUGGUUGUGGUGGCGGCUGUGGUGGAGGUAGUGUGCAUGCUGGUGGGACGGGAUGUGACGGUGGUUGCGGAAGCGGAUGUGGAGGUGGCUGCGGGGGUGGUUGUGGAGGCGGAUGUGGGGGCAGGUAA